UUGUGCGAUCGAAAUCGUCCUUUUUUCCUGCGGUUUCCGAUAAUAGGAACUCCAGAAAGAUACUGUCUGCAAGUCAUUUGUGUUUACUUCAAAUCCAAACCACAAUGUCAUGGCUAGCGAGGUCAAUUGCUAACUCUCUCAAGCUCGACGACGACGACGACGACGACCGUUCUCCUAACCCUAAUGUCACCGAAUCAAAAUCACCCCCAAUUCCUCAAUCUGAUCAUCACUCCAAAUCAUCGUCACCAACAUCUCCUUCAUCCACAGCCUCCGCCACCACUCCACGUGGCGUCAAGGAAGACCUCUCCGAGCUCACUAAAACUUUAACCCGCCAAUUCUGGGGCGUCGCCUCUUUCCUCGCUCCUGCACCUGAUCCCUCCUCCCCUUCCUUUCCGUCUAGUAAGAUCUCCGAUGGACCGGGCGAUAAUCCCCAACCACACCAGUUGCCCGAUCCGGAGGAAUCCAAUGAGGAUUUGAUUGCGGGAAUUCGUAGCGACUUCGCCGAGAUUGGUGGGAAAUUCAAGUCUGGGAUCUCUAAGUUGUCGAGUAACGUGAAUGUGUCGGAGAUCAGUAAAAUCGCAUCAAAUUUCCUUCAGAUUGGAUCGGAAAAAGAUUUCACUGACGAGGAUUUGGUUGGCAGUGCUGUCGGUGUGACCGAGGAGGUUAUAGCCUUUGCGAGGGAUAUCGCGAUGCAUCCAGAGACUUGGCUUGACUUUCCUGUUCCUGACGAUGAAGAUUUCGAUGAUUUUGACAUGUCUGAUGCCCAACAAGAACAUGCUUUGGCAGUUGAACGUCUUGCCCCCAGGUUAGCUGCUCUCCGAAUUGAACUUUGUCCAGGAUAUAUGAGUGAGGGCUGCUUUUGGAAGAUUUACUUUGUACUUCUGCACCCUAGGCUCAUUAAACAUGAUGCUGAGCUACUUUCAACUCCCCAGAUAGUGGAAGCAAGGGCAAUGUUGUCACAUGAGUUGCAGAACAAAGCUAAGGCAACCAAGCCAGGUUGGUCAGGAAUUGGCACUUCUAGAUCGACAGGAACUGCUGAUUUACCACAUGAAGAGUCUCUUUCUGUGCCAUCUCAUGCUGAGUAUGAAUCAGUGCCUCUAAAGACAUCCAGCAUUGAAGUAGGCCAUCCCACUAUUUUAGCCAAUACAUCUGGCAAUGAAGCAAUUCCUUCUGGUAUUGUAGAUGAACAAGAAACAGAGAAGCACCCAGUUCUGAGUACUGAAAUGCAAAUUAUUGACAAAGCUGUGGUUGAGGAGGAAUCAGUUGACCAGGCCAAACAUCGACAUCUAUCUAGUUCCUCUUCUAAAGUUUUAGAUGAGAAAUUUGAGGAUGAUGCUGAUGAUUGGUUGAAAGAUGAAAGUUCUGAAAUGGUAGGCACAAGUGGGAGCACAAUGCAUAUCGGAAAUGAUGAGGAUGUAUCAUUCAGUGAUCUUGAAGAAGAUGAUGGAGAUGUGCCUACAAGUUAUAAGAAAGUAACAUCGGGUUCUGAUGCUUCAACAAAAGACUCACGAGAUUGGGUUCAGUUGAGCAAAGGCUCUUCAGACUCGGUUAAGGAUAUUAAUCCUGUCAGCGUGAAACAUGCGGGGUCUGAGCAGGUAAGUGCUGCUAACUCUGAAUCCAAGGAGUCCAAUGAUUGGCUUGAUGUUGAGGACAUUGAUGUGAUGUGAUAAUUCCAUAAAACCCUAGCUAAUGUGUUUUCUGUCUUUCAGUUACGUUCCUGUGAAUAUAUAUGGUUUCUGCAGUCUGAAUUAGGAUUUGGAAACUAUACGUACAUAAAUCAAACCUAAAUUGGAUGAUGUAUUUGAACUAUAAUAAUUUUCAGUGCUCUUGUGAAAUAUUCGUUUUUCA